AUGAAGAUUAUUUCAGAUGAAGAAAAGCAGGCUCACAUUGCCCAUAUUACAUCCGAAGGUAUAAAAGGUUUAGUAGUUGGAUCAUUGGUAUCGGCAGGGUUAUUCACUUAUUUAAAGAAGAGACAACCAGUAAGAUUCAAUUCAUUUAAUACAAGUAUUAAGACAGCUAUUUUUAUUAUGCCUACUGUAUCAAUUGGUGCAUUUUUUGCCGAUCAAGGUUCAUGGGAAUUUGAUAAACAAAUGCAUCAAUCUGAAUAUAGUGAUAAAUUAAUUUUAGAAGAAUAUAGACAAUGGAAUAAUUUAAGUUGGAGUGAUAAAGCAUUUACAUCCUUAGACAAAAACAAGUAUCCUAUCAUUGUAGCUACAUGGGCAGCAUCUUUAUAUGGUUCAUGGGUUGUUGUUAAUAGAGACAAAAUUAUGACUGGUGCUCAAAAGGCAGUUCAAGCUAGAAUGUAUGCUCAAGGUAUUACUAUUAUUUUAUUAUUAGGAACUGUCUUAUUAUCAAUGAAGGAAAAGGAAAUUGAAAAGAAAAGGCCAGCUCCAAUUCCUGAAUGGAAGAGAAUUAUUAUGGAAAGAGAAGCUGAAGAUUCUAGAGUUCUUGCUGAACUUAAGAAACAAAAGGAAGCAAAGGCUGCACUUGAACAAAAUUAA